UGAUUAAUUGUGAUGCAUAUGAACCACUACUGCCCAAAAACUUAAUUAUCUUGUAAUGUUUUCAAGAUUCCCACUCCAAAGUCUUAAAAACAGUGCAUAUAGAGUAGUCUAUGAGGAGUAGUUGAGUUGGCUUUAGAAUAUACAUACAAUAGCCAAUAUAUUCUGCCGACGCAUUCAUCGUUGAAAUGGAGAAGAAAAAAGACGUAAAUUGUUCUUCUGCGGACGCUGAGAAGGAUGACCUCCAGGAGCUGCUUCACACACUUGAACAACAUAAGAGUUGGGAUAGUCGUCCCCUCGUUAGGUACGAGCGCAUUUGGUUGCCGGUAAUGUUAUUCCGACCAAUAUUAACUUCCCAAAAGCACUUCAAAGCAGAAGGCACAGAUAUAAUAUUGACAACCAUGCCUAAAUCAGGAACCACCUGGUUGAAAGCUCUUACUUUUUCCAUAGCCAAUCGUAAUGUUUUUUCCAUUCAUCAAAGUCCAUUACUCUCUUACAAUCCUCACACACUUGUGCCUUUCCUAGAGUACACGAUUUACCGGGAUCAAGAUAAUCCUGAGCUGGAAAACAUUCCACGUCCAAGAAUUUUCUCGACUCAUAUGCCUUUCAAAAUCCUUCCUGAUUCCAUCCGGGAAUCUGAAUGUAGAAUUAUCUACAUCUGCAGAAACCCUUUGGACCAGUUCGUCUCACACUAUCAUUUCAUGCUUCAAAACAAGAUUGAAAAAGACGCAAUUCCACUUGAACUAGACGAGGUUUUUGACAUGUUUUGCCAGGGAAUUCAACCCUUUGGGCCCUUUUGGGACCAUAUGCUUGGCUACUGGAAUGCCCACUUGAAGAAUCCUCAGAAAGUGUUGUUUCUAAAGUACGAGGAUCUGAAACAGGAUAUUUCGUCCCAUAUAAAGAAGAUUGCUGAAUUCAUCGGGUUCCCGUUUUCGGCGGAGGAAGAAAACCAGGGUAUGAUAGAACAAAUCUCAAGGCUAUGUAGCUUUGAAAAUCUUAAGAAUUUGGAGGUGAACAAGAGUGGCUAUUUUAUUGGGUCAAUAAAAAACAGUUCAUUCUUCAGGAAGGGAGAAGUUGGAGAUUGGGUCAAUCAUCUGACUCCGGCAAUGGCUGAACGCGUCAAGAACCUGACGGAGACCAAGUUCCAGGGCUCCGGUUUGGUUUUCAAGAUGUGAUGAAAAGAUCAGGUGCUGAAGUUUAAGAUUCUGGUUCGUAUCACAUUAAUAGUAGUUUUUAUUUCCAGCUUCUUUUCUUUACUGAAAUGUAAAAUUUGUAUGGAUUUCAUUUUCUGCUCAUCCAAGAAAAGAGGAAAAACUGAACAUAAGACUCUUCACCUCACACAAAAACACGGUUGUUGAAAAAUAAUAUAGAAAAUUGUAAUUUUAGUCUUUUAAUUUAAG